CUUGAAUGGUUUGGUUACAACUUCGGAAUCGGUUCCCGCUUGUCUUGUCAACCGCAGCUAAUCUUUCAAAAACAAUCGUGCCAAAAGCGUUUUCUAUGAAGUGGGGUGACAAUGAUUAAGACCGAGAAGGUGUUGCAUUUGAAGAGUUCCCGAGGACGGAGGGUUCGUGUGGUUCGGGAACAUUAUUUGAGAGAACAUGUUCCCUGCUACAGCUCUCUCUGUCAGGCACAAUGCGCCAACGAAGGCAAGGUGCUGUCUGGAGAGGUGACCCACUAUGUGAUGCCUGAUGCUGGCGUGGCGAGAGACUUUAUGGAGAUUCUGGAGUUUAGAGAGAUCCAGGGGAUAGUGUUCACUCAGACUGCCUGCCAGGCUGUCCAACACAGCAGAGGACGCAGGCAGUACAACCGGCUACGCAGCUUGCUGAAGGACCCCCGUCAUCACUGUAUCCUGUUUGCCAACGAGUUCCAGGAGUAUUCCUACUGCCCCAGAGAAAAGGGAGAGCCGCAGGACAAAUGGCAGACCAGGUGUGUGUAUCAUGCUGCAGUGUGGUACCACGACCAUCUGGCAGGUCUGAAGCCAGUAGUGAUGAUCACUGAAGACCAGACCGCUGUGGCAGAGUACAGCAGCCUCAACUGUGGUGUCUACGUCCUCUGUACACAGGAGUACCUGCAGACGUUCUGGCCGGAGCUGCAGGCUGCCCUGGAGCUGUACUGCUCCAUCGCUCAGGCCCUGCAGGAGAAAGGGAGCGAGGGGACGGAGAGAGAGUACACUGAACACCUGCCUGCCGAGGUCCUGGAGGCUGGCAUUAAGUCUGGUCGAUACAUACAGGGCACUCUGAAUGUGAACAAACACAGGGCCCAACAUGAAGCCUUCGUCCGCUUUGAGGGCUCCUCUAACAAGAGCUCAGAGCUGAACACUGAUGUGCUGCUGUGUGGGGGGAAGAAUCGGAACCGGGCGGUGCACGGCGAUAUGGUUGCCGUGGAGCUGUUGCCGAAGGGGGAGUGGAGGGGGAGAACCACGGCCCUGACGGAGGGACAGGGGGAGGAGAAGGGAGACGAGACACAGAGCCAACCCAUGGCCACAGGUCGUGUGGUAGGGAUCCUUCAGAGGAACUGGAGGGACUAUGUCGUGACCUUUCCCCCCAAGGAGGAGACCCAAUCCCAGAGCAGGAACUCCCAGCGUAUCCUGGCCACGCCCUGGGACCAACGCAUCCCCAAGAUCCGAAUCAGCACCCAACAGGCUGACAAACUACAGGAUCACCGGGUGAUAGUGCGUCUGGACUCGUGGGACAGCACCUCCCUCUACCCUAACGGACACAGUGUCAGGGUUCUGGGCCGGGCUGGGGAGCUGGAGACGGAGGUCCAAACCAUCCUCAUAGAGAACUGUAUCCACGUACCUCCUUUCUCUGAGGCGCAGCUGGCUGAGAUGCCAGUGUCCUCCCCUGAGAGCCCCUGGUCAGUAGACCCUGCUGAGGUGAUUACCAGACGGGAUCUGAGACAAACCCACCUGGUGUUCAGCAUCGACCCUCGGGGCUGUGAGGACGUAGACGACACCCUGUCCAUACGCAGCCUCCCCCCUGGCCCGGGGGGUCAGAGGUUAGAGCUGGGCGUUCACAUCGCUGACGUCACACACUUUGUGAAAGAGGGGUCGCUGACGGACCUGGAGGCUCGCGCUAGGGCCACCACCUACUACCUGGCCGACCGCAGGUAUGACAUGCUGCCUGCUGUCCUCAGUGCAGACCUCUGCUCUCUGCUGGGAGGGGUGGACAGGUAUGCCAUGAGCGUCAUGUGGGACCUGGAUGCCCAGACCCUGGCGGUGAACAAGGUGUGGUACGGUCGUACACUAAUCCAAUCCUCCUACCAGCUUUACUAUGAACUGGCCCAGGCUCUGCUCAACGGAGAGGAGGCAGAGGUCCCAGAACUAGCCCAACUACCACCUGGGGAGAGGGAUGCCAAGCUGGCCCAGCUCACCCAGGCCCUGGAGACCCUCACCCACGUGGCCAGACAGCUGCGUGCCCAGAGGGACAAGGGAGGAGCGUUGGAGCUGGAGGGGGUAGAGGUGAGGGCGCAGCUGGAUGAGGACAAGAACAUCACAGCCCUGGUGCCCAGACAACCACUGGAGGUCCAUGAGACGGUGGCAGAGUGCAUGAUCUAUGCCAACCACUGGGUGGCCCGUAAGAUCCAGGAGAGUUUCCCCCAGCAGGCCUUGCUGCGCCACCACCCGCCCCCACACCAGGAGUUCUUCAACCAGCUACAGGACAGUGCCCGGGCACGCGGCUUCACCAUAGACACCAGGUCAAACAAGGCCCUGGCUGACUCCCUGGACCGGGCUGUGGACCCCCGGGACCCGCUGGUGAACCGGCUGCUGAGGGUGAUGGCUACCAUGGCCAUGUCUAAUGCCCUCUACUUCUCUACCGGAGCCUGCCAGGUCGACCAGUACUAUCACUAUGGUCUGGCUCUGGAACGAUACACCCACUUCACCUCUCCCAUCCGUCGCUAUGCCGACAUGAUCGUCCACCGCCUGCUCGCCGCAGCCAUCGCCAUGGAGAAGGGGGCGGGGCCAGCCAAGGCCUUAGCCAGUAACAAAGAGUUGGAGGAGGUGGCUCAGCAAAUCAACAACAAGAACAGGGCAGCACAGCAUGCCCAGAAGGUGUCCACAGAGCUUUUCCAGUGUCUCUACUUCAGAGACAAAGACCCAGAGACAGACGAGCGCUGUGUGGCCGACGCGGUCAUCUACACCAUCAGAGCCAACGGCAUGCUGGUCUUCAUACCACAGUAUGGCCUGAAGGGGGCAGUGUACCUGAAGAACAGAGAGGGCCAGGUGGUGAGUGAGAGACAGGAUGGAGGAUGUGACUGGCAGACUGGUUCUCUACAGAGAUACCUGGACCACAUCACUACCACUACUGCUGCUGGCACCUCCACCUUCAACCUGUUCCAACACAUCACCGUGCGUAUCUCAGUACAACCAUCACGUUGUCACUCAGACACAAUCCGUCUGGAAGUGGUCAGCAACAGGCCCCACCAGGCCCCCGAGACUCAGGCCCAGCCCCCCCAGCCCCAGGGGGCUAGGGGCCGGUCCCAGCUGGUCCAGGAGGUGGUUCGGCAGGCAGAGGAGGCUUCUCAGCAGGCGGAGGAGAAGAGGGGCCGGGCCCCCAAACUGUCCAAGGAGGAGAGAGAGUUCAGACAGAGUAAAUGUCCUAACCUCUACUCUCUCCUGGAGGAGGUCAGGGAGCUGGCCUUGCUGGACCUGGCUGCCUGUGGAGCAGGUGGUGGUGGUCUGGGAGCAGCCGCUCAGGCUUGUGCUACGUCAGCAUAGAUGAGGUGGAGAAGUAGGAGGAGGAACAGGUCUGGGAACAGCUGCUCAGCCCUGCGGUACAUCAACAUGGAUGAGGUGGUGGUGGAGGAGCAGGAGGAACAACAGGUCUGGGAACAGCUGCUCAGCCCUGCGGUACAUCAACAUGGAUGAGGUGGUGGUGGAGGAGCAGGAGGAACAACAGGUCUGGGAACAGCUGCUCAGCCCUGCGGUACAUCAGCAUAGAACUACAUAAAACUUCUGAUUCUGGGUCAGAUUAUUGUGGAGGAAGGGGGGCGGUUGAAGAGUAAGGAGGUGCAGGAGGCAGAGUAACAGGUCAACAUCAGCAUAAAACUUUAACACUGACUCAGGAUCAGAUUGUGGUGCUUUUCAUGGAUUUAAGCUGCAUGCAGACAGACCCUCUGGACUGACCAUCUUACUGUACAUCCUGGGUGUUAUCACCAUGGUUACCAGACUCUACUUAGGCACAUCUUUAGUCUUAUUAGGAAAAUGAACAGAUGAUUGAAGUUGUGAGAUGAGACGGAUGCAUGUAAUAUUAUAUACAUGAAUACACACUGAUUCAGGAACAGCUCUCAACAGGACCGUUACCAUAGAAACAUCUGGAACAAACAUCAGCUCUGGUCUCAACAGGACAGUUACCAUAGAAACAUCUGAAACAAGCAGCAGCUCUGGUCUUAACAGGACAGUUACCAUAGAAACAUCUGGAACAAACAGCAGCUCUGGUCUCAACAGGACAGUUACCAUAGAAACAUCUGGAACAAGCAGCAGCUCUGGUCUUAACAGGACAGUUACCAUAGAAACAUCUGGAACAAGCAGCAGCUCUGGUCUCAACAGGACAGUUACCAUAGAAACAUCUGGAACAAGCAGCAGCUCUGGUCUCAACAGGACAGUUACCAUAGAAACACCAGGAACAAACAGCAGGUCUGGUCUUAAUUAAAGAGGAAAGUUACCAUAGAAACAUCUGGAACAAGCAGCAGCUCUGGUCUCAACAGGACAGUAACCAUAGAAACAUCUGGAACAAACAGCAGCUCUGGUCUCAACAGGACAGUUACCAUAGAAACACCAGGAACAAACAGCAGGUCUGGUCUUAAUUAAAGAGGACAGUUACCAUAGAAACAUCUGGAACAAGCAGCAGCUCUGGUCUCAACAGGACAGUAACCAUAGAAACAUCUGGAACAAACAGCAGCUCUGGUCUCAACAGGACAGUUACCAUAGAAACAUCUGGAACAAGCAGCAGCUCUGGUCUCAACAGGACAGUAACCAUAGAAACAUCUGGAACAAGCAGCAGCUCUGGUCUCAACAGGACAGUAACCAUAGAAACAUCUGGAACAAACAGCAGCUCUGGUCUCAACAGGACAGUUACCAUAGAAACAUCUGGAACAAGCAGCUGCUCUGGUCUCAACAGGACAGUAACCAUAGAAACAUCUGGAACAAGCAGCAGCUCUGGUCACAGCAGGACAGUGACCAUAGAAACAUCUGGAACAAGCAUCAGCUCUGGUCUCAACAGGACAGUUACCAUAGAAACAUCUGGAACAAGCAGCAGCUCUGGUCUCAACAGGACAGUUACCAUAGAAACAUCUGGAACAAGCAGCAGCUCUGGUCUCAACAGGACAGUUACCAUAGAAACACCAGGAACAAACAGCAGGUCUGGUCUUAAUUAAAGAGGAAAGUUACCAUAGAAACAUCUGGAACAAGCAGCUGCUCUGGUCUCAACAGGACAGUAACCAUAGAAACAUCUGGAACAAGCAGCAGCUCUGGUCACAGCAGGACAGUUACCAUAGAAACAUCUAGAACAAGCAGCUACAGUUUUUACAAAACAUUUCUCAUGUUCUGUAUUUGAUUGAACACAGAGAUAUAGAAUAGAUUCCACAUAAAUCGAUUCUCAGGCCAUAGUUUUUUCACUGAACUGUAUGACAUCUGACCCUGAGGACAAUGCCAUUGUACAGCCUGGUAUUGUAUUUUAACCUAAAUAUAUUUUUGUAAUAUUUUUGGCAGUUGGUAUCUUGUGAAAAACAAGUAUUUUCAAGUGCUCUAUUCCAUCGUAUAAUGUUUUAAAUGAAUUAAAGUGCAUUACCAAACCUGA